CACCGCAGCGGCGGCGGGAAAAAAAGCGCGCAGAACGGGCUGGACCUACUAGCCAGUCGCGCGCUGCUCGCCGCCGUCCGCGUCCUAGACCCCGCAGCCUGCGCCCGCGCCAUGCCCGCUCCCGGCUCCGAGCUGCAGCGCCCGCCGGCGCAGCCCGCCGAGCAGAAGCGGGGCGCCGAACCGCAGCCGCAGCCGCAGCCGCCACCCCACGGGGAGCUGCAGUACCUGGGGCAGGUGGAGCACAUCCUGCGCUGCGGGUUCCAGAAGGAUGACCGCACCGGCACCGGCACGCUGUCGGUGUUCGGCAUGCAGGCGCGCUACAGCCUGAGAGAUGAAUUUCCUCUACUGACAACCAAGCGUGUAUUCUGGAAGGGUGUUUUGGAGGAGUUGCUGUGGUUUAUCAAGGGAUCUACAAACGCUAAGGAACUGUCAUCCAAGGGAGUGAAAAUCUGGGAUGCCAAUGGGUCCCGAAACUUCUUGGACAGCCUAGGAUUCUCCAACAGAGAAGAAGGGGAUUUAGGCCCAGUUUAUGGCUUUCAGUGGAGGCAUUUUGGGGCAGAAUACAAAGAUAAGGAUUCAGAUUAUUCAGGUCAAGGAGUAGAUCAACUGCAAAAGGUGAUUGACACAAUCAAAACCAACCCCAAUGACAGAAGAAUCAUCCUGUGUGGUUGGAAUCCAAAAGAUCUUCCUCUGAUGGCCCUGCCUCCGUGCCAUGCUCUUUGCCAGUUCUAUGUGGUGAACGGUGAACUGUCCUGCCAGCUGUACCAGAGGUCAGGAGACAUGGGCCUGGGUGUACCCUUCAACAUCGCCAGCUACUCCCUGCUCACCUACAUGAUCGCACACAUCACAGGCCUGAAGCCAGGUGACUUCAUACAUACUUUGGGAGAUGCACAUAUUUACCUGAAUCACAUUGAACCGCUAAAAAUGCAGCUACAGCGAGAACCAAGGCCUUUCCCAAAGCUCAGAAUCCUUCGAAAAGUUGAGACAAUUGAUGACUUCAAGGCUGAAGACUUUCAGAUUGAGGGGUACAAUCCUCACCCCACUAUUAAAAUGGAAAUGGCUGUUUAA